AUGCACAUCACCAUGCAUGGUCAACCCUCACGCAGUGACCUUCGCAUACCAACACUCACGGGCUCCGUCCCGGCCUCCAUGGGCGCAAUGCUCAAUCUGCAGUACCUGUAUGUCAAUCACAAUGCAACGCCAUGCGGUUACGGGAAGUGCGAGGUGGUGCAGUACUCCGGCACAGCCUUCUGCCGUGCCUGCUCUGACCUCUGCGACACGUGCUCUCGUGCAGGUAAGACAGAGGGUGAAGGGAGUGACCUUCGCAUACCAACACUCACGGGUUCCGUCCCGGCCUCCAUGGGCGCCAUGCUCAAUCUGCAGUACCUUUAUGUCAAUCACAAUGCAACGCCAUGCGGUUACGGGAAGUGUGAGGUGGUGCAGCACUCCGGCACAGCCUUCUGCCGUGCCUGUUCUGACUUCUGUGACACGUGCUCUCGUGCAGGUAAGACAGAGGGUGAAGGGAGGUUUUGA